AUGCUGACGCCUAUUUUUCGACUUUAUCAAGAUGAAACGACUUUGUCAGUUGUCAUCCAUGCACCAAUGGCAAAACUUGCCGAAUUAGAAGUAUGUGUUGAAGAACAGAUCUUCUUCUUCACAGCACCGCCUUACUACCUGAAGUUUGAGUUACCUGGACCAGUUCACACAGAAGAAGAAACUUACCGAAUGGAACUCAUUGACGGGGAUAUUCAAGUAGUAUUGAAAAAGAAGGAGCAUUGCGUUUUCAAGGAUCUCGAUUUGAUUGUAAAACUCAUCAACAACGCGAAUCCUGCUAAUCGUUCUUCACGCAUUUUGGUCGAAGAAAUUGGUAAAGCAGAUUGCGAUGUCGUGCAGAAGUCAGACGAGAACCUUGAUUGGUUUGCUGAAACCAAGUACGAUUUUGAUAUUGACAGCAGCGGUAACUUGGGGACGUCUGACGAAAUCGUGGUAUUACCACCCACCUAUGGAUUUUCCGGAUCCAAAUCCGGCUUGUUCAGAGUUGAGUCCGACUUGACCCAUGUGGUGGAUCUUCCAAAUCCUGACCACUGUAAACAAGAACAUCGGUCAAAAUUGCGAAUUAGUGCUGAAAAUCGGAAAUUCUGUCCGGUUCACUAUUUGGCAGAUUUGUUUGAGCAGGAUUGUUGGAAGUCAAUGCUAGAGUUACGUGUACCGUGGCAUGAUACCAACGGGAGUAAUGGACCUGAACUGACGGAUGAGCAGCGGCACCGGCUAAUCACACUCAGUACUCGGAGGCUUCCCCUAGUUUCUACAGAUACUCGAGAAACGGUUUCACUGUAUCUGGGGCUCCUAGAUUUACUACUGGCCUACACCUAUGACUAUCGAGUUCGGGAGGGCGAAGAGAUGACUGAGUCCGGAUGGAAUAUUGUCAAAUUGUCCGCCACACUAUCUUGGUUUGAGGUAAGAUAG